AUGGCGAAUGUGUCAGCACGCGCCCAUGGCGGCCAGUGCAGUCCCCUUUUGUUUGUCAUAGUCUGUUCCUGGAUUAUUCUCUUUACACUUUAAUCGUCCGCACUACUUUUUAUUUUCUUCUUCAUCCCCUUUUUAAAUAUCAAAACAGUUCUUCUAACCACCCCAGAGCAGAUUUCUAGAAACACCCGGAAGAGCCCUGAAUGUAUUGUUUUUUUUUUUGUUGUUGUGCUCGGAAGUAGGGACUGGAGCUCGCGCUGUGCUCGGUGAUAAGCGCUUGGAAUAAUGUAAGCUGAAAUAACCUGCACCAACAGCAUGGGGCUGGACUUUGAUGUGAAAACCUUCUGCCACAACCUGCGUGCCACCAAGCCACCGUACGAAUGCCCGGUCGAGACGUGCCGGAAGGUCUAUAAGAGCUACAGUGGUAUUGAGUACCAUCUGUACCACUAUGACCACGACAACCCACCUUCUGCUCAAGGAACCCCACAGAAGAAGCGCAAGGGUCGUCCGGCUCGUUCCUCACUACCCACUUCGGGAGAUGGCUCUGAAUCUGGUAACACCCACACUAUGCCUGGGCACGGAGGAAUGCCCGGUAGCCCCGCAGAUAACUCUGACCACUCGCAUUCUCCUGGGAGAGACACGAUGACCUACGCUCAGGCCCAGCGCAUGGUGGAGCUGGAGAUCCACGGCAAAGUGCACCGCCUCAGCAUCUUCGAGGACCUUGAUGUUGUGUCUGAGGAGGACAGUGAGGCUGAUGAUGGAGUAGGUGGGUCCACAACGUGCAAUGGUGAGAAUGGGGUCAGUGAAGGUGGGACCAAUGGAAAGGACAGACCUGACACUCCCGCAGCAGCCAACGGGGGUAAAGGAGCGGGGGCAACACCCAAAGCAGGCAAGCACAAAAGCAAAGAAAAGAAAAAGGACAGUAUGCAUCAUCAUGGAAAUCCGACAGGGCCAGCUGUCAAGCUCCCUGAGGCUGUGUUCAGAGAGUUGGAUCAAGACAGGCCUGAUGCACCGCCAAGACCAACGUCUUAUUACAGGUACAUAGAUAAAUCUGUGGAGGAGCUGGAUGAGGAGGUGGAGUACGACAUCGACGAAGAAGACUACAUCUGGCUGGACAUUAUGAACGACAAACGGCGUAGUGAUGGAGUGACGCCGAUCCCUCAGGAGGUGUUCGAGUACCUGAUGGAUCGGUUAGAAAAGGAGUCCUACUUUGAGAGCCACAACAAGGGCGAGCCGAAUGCACUGAUCGAUGAGGACGCUGUGUGCUGCAUUUGUAAUGACGGCGAGUGCCAGAACAGCAACGUUAUUUUAUUCUGCGACAUGUGUAACCUAGCCGUGCACCAGGAGUGCUACGGCGUGCCUUACAUCCCAGAGGGUCAGUGGCUUUGCCGUCGCUGCCUGCAGUCACCCUCUCGUGCCGUUGACUGUGCGCUGUGCCCUAACAAGGGUGGAGCCUUCAAGCAGACUGACGAUGCCCGCUGGGCACACGUUGUAUGCGCGUUGUGGAUACCAGAGGUGUGCUUUGCCAACACGGUCUUCUUAGAGCCGAUCGACAGCAUCGAGCACAUCCCAGCAGCACGUUGGAAGCUGACAUGCUACAUUUGUAAGCAGCGAGGGGCUGGCGCGUGUAUCCAGUGUCACAAGGCCAACUGUUACACGGCUUUCCACGUGACGUGUGCACAGCAGGCCGGGCUCUACAUGAAGAUGGAGCCCGUGCGCGAGACCGGUGCCAACGGCACCUCGUUUAGCGUGCGCAAGACGGCAUACUGUGACGUUCACACGCCACCUGGCACGGCCCGUCCGCUCGGAGGUGGAACUGGGAGCGGUUCGUCUCUCAGCGAGGCGGAGGACGAAGACGAAGAGGACGGCGGUGGGGUCGGAGAGGAGCGGGCCAAAAGAGCAAAGGCCAAAUCUAGGCGGAAGCUGAAAAGGGCAAGGAAGAUUCUAGCAGAGAAGAGAGCGGCUGCACCUGUCGUGUCCGUGCCAUGCAUACCACCACACAGAUUAAGCAAGAUCACAUCCAAUCUGACGGUACCCAGGAAGAGCCAGUUCAUGCAGAGGCUGCAUGCUUAUUGGACGUUGAAGAGACAGAGUCGUAAUGGUGUCCCUCUCCUGCGUCGCCUUCAGACACACCUCCAGUCCCAGCGCAAUGUCGAGCCUGUUCCUUCUAUAACCACGAAGGAGGGUGAGGAGAAGCACACAGCGCUGAAGGAACAGCUGAAAGCUUGGCAGAGACUCAGGCAUGACCUAGAGAGAGCCAGACUAUUGGUGGAGCUCAUCCGCAAGAGAGAGAAACUCAAGAGAGAGGCGCUUAAGGUUCAGCAGUUAGCAUUGGAGAUGCAGCUGACGCCAUUCUUGUCAUUGUUGAGGAGUACACUGGAACAGCUGCAAGAAAAAGACACCAGCAAUUUCUUUACAGAGCCUGUGCCACUGAAUGAGGUUCCUGACUACCUGGAUCACAUCGAGCGGCCCAUGGAUUUCCAGACCAUGUGGACGUGUUUGGAGUCUCAUCGCUAUCUUAGCUUCGAUACAUUCGAGGGCGACUUCCUGCUCAUUGUCAACAACUGCCUCAAAUACAAUGCCAAGGACACCGUGUUCUACCGGGCAGCGCUGAGGCUACGGGAGGCGGGCAGUAGCAUCCUGCGACAGACUCGGAGACAAGCCGAGCGUAUUGGCUAUGACUUUGAUACAGGCAUGCAUUUGCCCCGAGAGCCCAGCCCUGAAUCCCCUCGUGAAAGGGAGAGGGAGAGAGAAAGAGAGAGGCAGCGGGAGAAGGAGAGAGAAAGAGAGCAGGACAGGGAAAGAGAGCGGUCCCCUUCUGGUAAUGAGGAUGACCUGCGGCGUUUGCCGCUGGAAGAGCAGUUACGGGUCUUGCAGGCCCGCUUCGAUGAUGUCAGCUCAGGAAAGCACAGCAUCGGCCGCUCGCGUCGUGCCAAAGCUCUGAGGAAGGAGAUGACGGUCAUUAAGCGCAAACUAGCGCAUCAGCGGGACGGUGGGUCCAGCGGGGGCAACCGAGAAUCAGGAGCAUCUGGCGAGCGUGGGCCUAACCUGGCACAUCAUGCAUCUGGCGCCACAUGUCAUGACGAGGGAGGAGAGAGCAGCAGCCAGGAGACCGGUGGAAAAGAUAUCACCGCUACAGCCUCUACACUAGCAUCUGAAGUGGGCCGCCGAACCUCAAUCCUGUUUUCCAAAAAGAACCCAAAGGCCACAGGACCUCCAAAGCGUCCGGGCCGCCCCCCUAAAAAACGCGACGCAAUACACAACUCUGGAGCGAUGAGCUCCAGUCCCGUAGGACCUCCACAGCUCCCUAUAAUGAACUCAGCACGUCUGCACAAGCGACCUCGAAGCCCUGGCUCCAGUUCCAGCUCUGAGAGUGACAAUGAUCACGUGGGCCUCGAUCUGCCCAGCAAUGGUUUUGAUGGAGGUAGUAAACCUGUAACUGAGAGUUUCACGAUGUACAGGAGCGACCCACACUAUCUCCACUCCAGCUCUGACUCAGAAUCUACAACCAGCAGCAGCAGCAGUGCCGCUUCCGACAGAACAAGUACGACUCCUUCAAAGCAGGGCCGUGGGAAGGCUUCAUUCUUGCGUCAAACAUUUCAAGACGAUAGUAGCGAGGAAACCUCAGGAACAGAGAAUGACUCCUAUUCAGUGGGAGGAGCCAGAGGAGUUUCACACUUGGUGCGAGGCCGGAGUAGGUCAGGAUGCUGGAUGGGUUCCUCAGACUACACCACCCUAGAUGCCCUCGAUCUCGUAUGGGCCAAGUGUCGAGGAUACCCUUCUUAUCCUGCUCUGAUUAUCGAUCCUAAAAUGCCACGGGAGGGCAUGUUCCACAGAGGUGUGCCGAUCCCUGUUCCUCCUCUGGAGGUGCUCAAGCUUGGGGAGCAGAUGACCCAGGAAGCACGGGAGCAUCUAUUCCUAGUGCUGUUUUUUGACAACAAGAGGACUUGGCAAUGGUUGCCACGCUCAAAGCUUGUGCCUCUAGGUGUGGAUCAGGAGCUGGAUAAGGAGAAGAUGCUGGAAGGCAGGAAAUCCAACAUCAGGAAGUCGGUGCAGGUGGCGUAUCAUCGUGCCAUGCAGCACCGGAACAAAGUGCAGGGCGAUCCCAGCAGCUAUACGAGCGAUAGUGACUGAAAAUCAUACACACACACACCCACACAAGCAUACACACGAAUAAUGGUGUGAGAGCAUGCACGAUCACCGGACGUGAUUAACUACUUACACGGAUGCGACAUGCUUCCCUGAAGUACACAAAAAGAUGGCAUGUGUACCUAGGUUUACGUUGAUGGAUGUCAUAGACACAGAGACAAAUUCGAACCCAGUAAACCAUCUCUCUGGUGCUAAAUAACUUUGGGCAUGGUCUUCGGUAUGUAUCGUGUUUUGUCUCUAGUCGGUAUGUGUUUAAAUAUACUGUAUAAGCUGGUAGAUUUUGUAGAGCAGGAAAAAAAAAAGUGAACACACUCAUCACUUCACACUACACUCUUCAGUCUUAGCUAGUAAACAUGUCUAGACGUAGAGAGUUCAAUGGAGGGAUGGGAGUUAUCAAGAUCAUGAGUCACGGAUAUCAGUUGUGUGUGUUUGUAUCAACACGCUCCAACCUGACCAAAACCCAGCCUACAAACUCAGUAUAACUUUCAUAGUAUACACACCCACCCACACACACACACACACACAUGUGGGGGAGGGUGUGUGAAGGGACGGAGAUCUCAACAGAAGAUCAUUCGUAUUAUAUCGACCAAUUCAGAUGAAUGAGAUCUGUGAGUGUCUGUAAAUCCAAGCAAGAGAAAGGUGUGUGUGUGUGUGCAUGCAUGUACAAACCCCUAUGUAAAUUUCCAGCUUGUGUCGCAGAUUGUAAGCCAGAAAUACCGUCUACAGUUGCGUGAGAGAUGGACUGUGUGUAUGUAUGUGUGAAUGGUGAGUGUAAGACACAACAUCAGCGAAUGGUUGUGGACAAAAAAUAAAAGGAAAAGAUGUAAAUGAAUGCACAAAAGUGCCAUCCUCACUUUAAACAGAGGAAUGCACUUCUUCCAGACUGAAGAAUUAUCGUUUAUUUAUUUGAUCACACAAGCAAUCCCCACCCAUAGGUGCACUCACACACACUACAACACAAAUACACUCUCACAUGUCUUGUGUCACGGUGUACCUGUUGUUGUUCCUUUCUGUACUUUUUUUUUUUUUUUUUUUUGUACUUUUCUUGUGCUCGGUAUUGUGUAUUGAGAAGGACUAAAAAAGGUGUGCUCUCUUUUCUGGUUACAUGCCAAGCCUGUCACUGUAGAACUUUUAUACAUGGAAAUAAAACUUAAAAUAGAAUUUAAUAAAAAAAAUGA